AUGAAUAAUUUAUAUAAACACGCAUUGAAACAAAACCAAAGUAUAACGCAGGAUUUAGAGAAAUUUGAAAAUGCCGAGGAUGCUUCUGUUGGCUUACAAGGACAAAUAUCUGCAAGUCUCAUUGCUUUAAAACGAACAAUAGAUGAUUAUGAUAAUCUUGCUAAAAGAGAAAUGAUUCUUGUUAAGCAAGAAAAAGCUUUUGCUAAUGUAAGUAAAUUAAGAAAUGAAUACAAUGAAUUCAAAAAGCUAUUUGAACGGCUAAAACAAC